AUGACCACAACAGUCAUCACCGUACAGGAUGUUGCAAUCUCGCUAGUGGCCUCAGAAAAGACCAAAGAUUUGGAGCUGAAGACAGGUCUGAAGGCUCGACUUGCAGCCCGCAACGGCACAUACACCAAGUCUACCUCUGGCCUAGCACCAUCGUACCUUCAGGCCAACCUCAUAAUCUUGCCCUCGAAAUAUGCAGAUGAUUUCAGAGACUUGUGUGCUCGCAAUCCCGUUCCCUGUCCUCUGCUUGCCGAGUCGAAAGCCCCUGGAGAUUUCACCAAGCUCAGAUCAUAUCUUUCUGCUGUUUCAAGUGGUGAUAUGAUCGCAUCACAGCUAGACCUCCGGACCGACUGCCCGAAUUUCAAUGUCUACCAGAAUUCAAAGCUUACGAAGGAAUGCAUCCCAGAUAUUAAGGAGCAGUGGACGUCAGAUCACGUUGCCUUUCUCAUCGGGUGUAGCUACAGCUUCGAGUCAGCGCUCUCCGCUGCGGGCCUGGUUCCUAGACAUUUUGUCAUGGACCGUAACGUGCCCAUGUACCGGUCAAACAUCCCCCUCAACCCGGCCGGUGUCUUUGAGAAGGGUACCUACGUGGUAUCCAUGCGGCCUUACAAGAAGGCCGAUAUCCCCAAGAUCCGCGCCAUUACCCGCAAGUAUCUCCCAACGCACGGAGAGUGCGUUGCCUGGGGGUGGGAUGCUGUUGAAAGGCUUGGAAUUAAGGAUAUUGACGUCCCGCAAUGGGGGGAUGCUCCUUUGACAUUGGAUGGAAAACCCUUGGGUACUGCAAAAGGAGAUGAAGAGAAUGUGCCCGUCUUCUGGGGAUGUGGUGUCACUCCUCAAGAGGCGGUCAUGAGCAGUAAUUUGGAGGGCACGAUCAUGGGUCAUGCCCCGGGCCACAUGCUAGUUCUCGAUUGCAAAGAGGAUGAAGUUUUGAUAUAG